AUGGCCCAGUUGUUGCGUCCCUCGAAAGGCGUCCUUGGAACAGUACCGUCACCGAUUCCUCAAGGAUCGCAAUGGGCCUCCAUGUACAAGCCCACUCCAACGCGGCCCUUGCUUAAUCUCUCUCAAGGUGUACCGGGAACAGCACCGGAGAAGAUUUUGCAAGAUGCGAUUGUGGCUUCUUCCGCGUCCGAUGCCUGGGGAUAUUGUAUUGCUGAGGGGGAGAGUGUCCUGAGGGAAGGUGUAGCGGGAGAGAUGAGAAGAAUCUAUCGAGGAAAUGUUGACGCGGAUGUGAAUGCCGAAGACGUGGCGAUAACAGCAGGUUGUAAUAUGGCCUUCGUUGCUGCGGUAAUGGCCCUGGCAGACAACGGUGAUGAAGUCAUCUUGCCAAUUCCUUGGUACUUCAAUCAUCAAAUGACUUUGACUCUACUCGGGAUAACGCCUGUGUUACUACAGACAUCGGCUGAGGAAGGGUUUUUCCCGUCCGUAGCGAAAUGCAAAGGCCUCAUAAACUCUCGUACAAAAGCAAUUGCUCUUGUUACGCCAAACAAUCCAACCGGCGCUUUCUAUCCUCCUUCCUUGCUUUUAGAAUUUUUUGCACUUGCGAAAGAGUACAACGUCGCGCUUAUUAUCGACGAGACAUACCGCGACUUCAUCACCUCCGGCUCGCCCCAUCCCCUCUUUUCAUCAUCAACUGACUGGCGCACGACCCUCAUACAUCUCUACUCCUUCUCCAAGUCCUAUCGUAUCCCGGGAUAUCGCCUUGGUGCACUAGUCGCUGCCCCAUCUUUAUUGAAGGAGAUUAACAAGGUCCUUGACUGUCUCCAAAUAUGCGCACCGCGUGCUCCACAGCUCGCUCUUGGGCCUUUACUGCCAGAACUCCGGAAUUCGAUAAGAGAGAUGGCUGAGCAGCUCGAGAAACGACACGCGUUAUUCAGAAAAGAGCUCCCAUCGGCAUGGAAAGUUGGCGCAGCGGCAAGAGGAGGGUAUUACGCAUUCGUACGGCAUCCCUUCGUUAGUAUCGGUGCAGGUGAGGUGGCUAAGAGGCUAGCGGUGGAGCUAGGAGUGGUCGGUCUUCCUGAAGGGUUCUUCAAAGACGGCAACGCCAAUGACGGCAAGUGGAUAAGGUUCUCGGUCGCUAAUGUAGACGAUGAAAAGAUCGUAGCUGCCUGCAAGCGUCUCAAGAAGCAGAAAGCAUAUUUGGCUGGAAGAUAG